AUUGCAUGGGAAUAAAGCAGAGAUGCUGCUCUCAGCCUACCCAACACCAACGGUCGUCUCCUCUUCUUCUUCCCCGCUUCUCGAUCUCAAGAACUGCAAAAGUUUCAGGAAUCUUCGCCAACUCCAUGCCGUUGCCUUUAAGACGGGUCAAAUCACUGACCCCCUCAUCGCCGCUGAGGUCCUGCGAUUCGCAGCUAUCUCUAGUAGCCGUGACCUCGACUACGCUCUCUUGGUGUUCGAAGAAAUGCCCCAACCGAACAUCUUCUCCUGGAACACCAUCUUCCGUGCCUUCUCUGAGAGCGACGAAGCUCCUCUCCAGGCCAUAUUCCUCUAUAUACAGCUGCUGCAUAGCGAUCUCUCUGUACCUAAUCGUUACAGCUACCCAUCACUUUUCAAAGCUUGCGCUAGAGUGUCGGCCAUUGAAGAAGGUGAGCAGAUUCACUGUCAUGCUAUAAAACUUGGGUUUUUCAGAGAUGGUUUUGUUCUCACCAAUUUAACGCGCCUGUACGCUCUCUGUGGAAGAAUGGAGGAUGCUCAGAAAUUGCUUAAAAAGAGCUGUUUGCAACCUGGCAGUGAGGCGGAUGCAGUGCUUCACAACAUCUUGAUUGAUGGAUACUCUAAAAUUGGGAUGAUUUCUAUUGCCAGGCAACUGUUCGAUGAAAUGUGUUGCAGAAGUUUGAUAUCUUGGAAUGGGAUGAUAUCAGCAUAUACAGAAGCGGGACUUUUCAGAGAAGCAGUAGAUGUCUUCUCCAUGAUGCUUGUGAAUGGUGCAAGGCCCAAUCAUGUCACGUUGAUAACUGUUCUCCCUGCAAUAUCUAGGCUUGGUUCUCUAGGACUUGGAAAAUUGGUUCAUGCUUACGCUGCAAAGAAUGAAAUUGAGAUCAAUGAUGUCUUGGGCUCGGCUCUUAUCGACAUGUACAGCAAGUGUGGGAGCAUCCAAGCCGCCAUUCUUUUGUUCGAAGCCUUGCGAAAGGAAAACUCCGUCAUCUGGAGCGCACUAAUCGGAGGACUAGCCUUGCAUGGCCAAGCUCAUGAUGCCAUCCAUCAUCUCCACUUAAUGGAGCAGGCCGGUUUGAUCCCUACUGAUGUUGUCUUCUUAAGCGUUCUCAAUGCUUGCAGCCAUGCCGGGUUGGUCAAGGAAGCUGAGCUUUACUUCAAAAGAAUGGUGACCAUUUAUGAACUGAGGCCUAGAAUUGAGCACUAUGGAUGUAUGGUCGAUGUGUUCGCUCGUGCUGGGCUCGUAGAAGAAGCCGAAGAGCUCGUGAAUAACAUGUCAAUGAAGCCUGAUGAUGUGAUCUAUAAAGCUUUGCUUGCAGCUUGCAGAAUAUUUGGUAAGCUUGAAGUUGGGGUGAGAGCGGCAAUUCGUCUCCUCGAACUCGCUCCAACUGCUGGUGAUUGUUAUGUUCUUCUAUCAAACUUCUAUGCUUCUUUGGGAGAUUGGGAAGCUGUUGCUGAACUGAGGCUGAGGAUGAAGGAGCUUGAAAUUAGAAAGAAUCCUGGCUGUAGUUGGAUUGAAGUUGAUGGCAGAAUCAAUGAGUUUUUUGUGGAAGAUUAUUCCCAUCCAAGAGCAAAAGAUAUACUUUUGAAGCUGGAGGAGAUGGCGGGCGAAUUGCACAAAGAAGGUUAUGUGGCAGAUAAAAGAGGAGUUUUGCUGAAGAUUGAUGAGGAAGAGAAGGAUUGUAUGGUUUUAUAUCAUAGCGAGAAGUUUGCUGUUGCUUUUGGGCUUAUCAGCACUAAGCCCGGGAUGCCACUGAGAGUGAUGAAGAACCUUAGAGUGUGUGGAGACUGCCAUGAAUUUUUAAAGCUGGUUUCCAAGGUUUAUGGAAGGAGGAUAAUUGUGAGGGAUCGCCGUCGGUUCCAUCAUUUUGAGAAUGGAUGCUGUUCUUGCAGGGAUUACUGGUGACAACAGAUUGAAAGAUUGAAUUUUUAUGGAGGUUGUUAAUUCAAAAUGGUUCUUUUCCUCAUGGAGAUCAAUCAAGUUGCUUUUUUGAAGCUUCAAAUCUUGCUGAUUUUGAUGCGAGAUGAAACAUCUUUAGUAUGGGAAGUCUCAAUGUCUGUAGUUUCAUCUUCAUAACUGUUUUUUGCUCUAAUAAUCCACUUGUCUAACACAUAGAAUUUGAUAUUUACACUUGCACCAGUUCUGUGUC